AUGUCAGUGGUGAACAGAUCAGGCCUACGUUACAGCUCAAGGCUGGGCCUCGGUCCACAUCCACCACCCCCUAAGCAUGAGAUUCCCGGGAAUCCCAAGAGUCCGGAGAUUCCCAAGGAUCUAAGGAUCGCCAAGAAUGCCAGGGGUCCCAAGAGUCCCAAGAGUCCCAAGAGUCCCAAGACCUUGAAAAAGACUUUAAAGACUUCAAAGAUUUUAGAGACUCCCAAAAGUCCGAGGGUAUCCAAGAAAAGCCCCAAAGGCUCCAAGAUUCCCAAGAGCCCAGGGGUGGUCCCGCCUAAUGUCCGUUCUUGGGCGCUGGCGGUUGCUGCCGCCGAGCAAAAGGAAUCGGACCUGGACCAGAACUUCCGCUUCCUCCGCACUAGCCUCGCCGCCAUGGAAAACCACCUAGAUGAACUCUGGAAUGCAGUCAAGAGCGUGCCUGGCGCCGUGAAGGAUACCGUGUCCAGCAUGCUUGACAGGCAGACCAGGGGGCUAGGGAAGGAGCUUGACAAGGCCAAGAAGGAGCGCGACACCGCCGCCCAGGCCAAGAUCCGGCAGGAGUACCGAGACGAGAUUGAAAAGCUCCUGCGCGAGAAGACAGAGCUCGAGCAACUACUGGCGGCCGAGUCCGAAAAGCUGCGGGCAGCCAGGGAGGAGGUCGCCCAAGCGCGGAGGGCCCUGGACGACGACUACUCCGCCGUGAUGUUCAACGGCCGGCGAAGCGUCAAGUCGAUAGACGGCAAGAAACGAGUCGACGCGAUCCGGACGCUGUUCGACACGCUGCGCAAGUCACUCUUCGCUUUUGCCAGCAGCGAAGCCAUCAACGUCGGCCGGCGGCCCAACAUGCGAUUCGAAGAAGACGAGGCCCCGCUGACCAAUGAGGCGCAGGCGUUUCACGACCGGAGCGUCUGGAACAGCUUGACGGAGAAGCAGCGCAUGUUCCGCGUCAUGGGCAAGAUGUUCCAGAUCCUGUUCCGCCGGAUUCUGCGCCCCGGCUACCACACCUUCGGCCUGGAAGGCUUCUUGGGCAUACAGAAGGACGGCCCAAUUCUGGCACCGGAAUGGCAGCUUCGCAACCUCGAAGCAGAGCUGAGGAAGCGCAAUGUCGACGAGAAUCGCAUCGAUGACUGGGUAUCGACCACCAUCCUCAACGUGUCAGGCCCGCUAAACAACGAGAAUAAAGCCACCGAGGUCGUGGUCCCGACAGUGGCCAGAGAGAUUAGGGAAUUCCUGUCACCGAUACUCCAAUUCACUAUCACUUUCGACAAGGACAUGGUUCACCGGAAUAUAGCGCGGCUAUGCGAGCGGGCUUUUGGGCUGAAACUCGCGAUGCGCAAGGCCGGCGGACGGUGGAAAAUUGAAGUCCCCGCCACCAACCCCGACGAGUGGGGAGGAUCCUUGGAUGCCGCGACCAACGAGCUGAGCGCGACGGACUGGAUGGCGUCUCACGAGUUUGAGGUCGCCGAUAUGGAGGGGAAGGGGAAGAAGGUGGAGAUUGCAAGUAUUCCAUUUGGGGCGCUGACCAAGCUCGACGCGGAGCAGACCGAGAAUGGCUCAGUAGUCUGGCACAAAAUAAUUAUGGAAAACGCGUGGGUCACGCUGAGGGGAGAGAAGCCGAGGAGAAGAGGCGCGGCAGCGCUCUGGCACAACGGAGUCGAGACACUCAAGGAGUUGUAA